AUGUUCUCUUCAGUCACUCUUACCGUAAUGUCGCAGUUCUUUCCAGGACGUUUUGCGGUAUCACGGCAGCGCUGUUGUCAAGGAGUGGACUUGAAUAGGAACUACGAUUGGCAUUUCGGUGUCGAAGGCUCAUCCACUAAUCCAUGCUCCGAAAUCUAUCAGGUAAAUGAACCGAUCUGCUGCUGUUCUCGUAAAUUUUUCAGUCAUCUUCUUUGUUUUUUGCUCAAAUUUUCAAAAAUCAAAGAGCAUAGUGCCAAGAAGUGA